AUGCCUGGGUCUAAUACAUGGUUUGAUUUUUCAACAAAGAUUCUAGAAGCUUAUGAGGACAUUGCUCCAGGCUCUACAAAAGAUAUGCUCUCUCAUAUUCCAGCAAAUUGGACACUGGGCGAAACCAAAUACUAUGCCAAUUUUUGGGGCAUCUGUAGACGUUCCACAGUUUUGCCUACCAAAUGCUACUACACCACAGACGAUAGUACUUUGGUUAUCAUGAGAGACAUUGGCAAGAUUAUUGAAGAAACCCAGCAGAUAGAGUCACCUAAAGCUUUUCUGACCAUUUGGACAGAAAACUUCUGUUUUGCCCGUGAUCAAGCAAACCUUAAUCUCCAAGAAGAUGGAAAUUCGGAUAAAAAAUCCUACACCAAGCAAAGCGUCCAAACUCUUCGCCGUUACGAGGAUGGAGACUCAUUGCUGCAGGUGCUAAGAGUGUUGUUGAUUAUGGUACUUUUCGGCAUCCUAGCGGUACGACUUCCUAAUACAAAUGAAUUUGAAGACACCCCUUCGGAUCCUUCACAGCCUUCGGAUCCUGGUCGUCUAUUCGCCAUCAUUGACAAGCAGGACUUCCUAGACCUCCAGCGUAGGCUACACAACCAGGAGUCUUAG